AUAAAUGUUCACGUUACAGCUGGUGACAAGCAGAAAGGUGAACAUUUACAAAUGGUGGAAUUCAUUCUCGGCGGUGUUUGUGGUCUCCUCGUUAUUGUCGUUGCUGUCCUUUUGAUUUCCGCCAGAUGUCGUAAGUCAAGUCCAUCGGGUAAGUGUUUUUGUUGCUGUUACGAGUCGUCAUGUACAAGCAACUACUAGGGUUCUGCAGCAGUUUUUUUUUACAUAUUUUUUUCACAACAGAUGACAACAAUUUCGUGAAACAUUUACAGACGACGAAAAUUCCACUGAAUUAAUCUGAAGGUUUCCUCUUUGUAGUUCCAGUCACCAAAAUGCUUGGGUAGGCAACGAUAGCAACAUUCAGUGAACUUUCUCUUUUUUUAGUUUUUGAGUUUUUGCUUUUAACUUCUUGAAGAAACUUAGAAUUAGAAAAUUUUAAAGUAUAAUACUGCAUUUCUUUUACUAGCCUCUAUCUCAGUAUUUUGUACACAGCUCAAGGAUUAUUACUGCUGACUAACCUGCUCCUGCCAUCGCAUGACACACAACAUUUGUAAAAGUUUAUAAUUUCCACAUUCAUUAAUCAGUGAUUGAUAACAACAAGACAGUAAUAUCAAAGUUGUUUUAGCUUUCAGAGAGAGACUGGAAGCAUGUGAUGCUUCUUGACAAAAACUUCCUUCUUAAGAACAAUGUUGCGAAGACAUAAUCGGUUUUAUUUGGUGACUUUCUUUGUUUUUAAAACUUCCUCAAAAUAUACUUUUGCUCCUCAUAAUGCUCCCCUCCCUCUUUUCUGACACUGAAGUCAUUGAAAGUUUCUUCCCGCCCUUAGUGUGGUUCGUACAUAAGGAAGAAGAUAUUUUCUGGUAUUUCCUUCGAUUUAUUGGAUUGUUAGAUACUAGUCUAUGAUCAUCCCUCGAUGUCUCAAUGCAUUUUUCUAAACAGAAACUUUUAUUUACGUUUGGAAAAAGAAAAAAACUCAAAGUAAGCAAACAUUAGGAGAGACUUUCUAAGUACAAAACAAAACAAGUGUUCGCGAACAAACAAGAGGACAUGUAGAAGUCCGUGUAGUAGUCAUCAUGUUCACUGUCAUCAACAAACAUCCGUCACGUGUAGCAGGCGGCGUAAAGCGAUUGUCCCCCAACUUCCGGUUUCAAGAGGAUUCAAGGGUCUGUAUACACAUCUGUGUGUGUGUGAGGACCUGACGAACUGCGGCUAUCAUGGCGAACAUACAACUAUUCCGUUGCGCUGUUUUCAUCUUGAUUGUUGUUAUGAUGAGCUAUUCGGAUGACAGCUGUAAGUUCCACAUUUUGUAUUUUUUACAUACUUUGAUAGAUGUUGUUAUUUAUAUUAUUUCAUUGAUUAAAAUUGUAAAUAAUAUUAAAUAUAUAUACCUGAUGUAAAUACUGUCUCUCACACGUCCGCUGGCUGCAUGUCUCAUGUCUUGUGUUAUUAUUAAAACAUGUAAAUAAAUCAUUAACACACAAGAUCUGUCGAGAUGUAGAUCAGGUUACCGUGACCUGUUCCUCUAUGAUUGGGAACAGUAAUAAACGCUGUUGUUUGUCUGUCUGUGUGUGUGACCACUUUAUCGUGAAUAUCUGAAUAGCGCCUGUCAUCAAUACAGUGAAGGUUGACUGUCCUGCGUUCAGCUCUCGUCUCGGGCACGCUGUUCUUUGUCUACAUGUGACUUCUGUUUACAGGGUUGACUGCCUUGCCAUGAUAAACCUUAGUUGCUGACAGUGAAUAACACCAACUCUCUCCUCCUUCACUGGUGUGGAGAUGUGAAGAUUACAAGCCCUGUGUCCAACACAGUCAACGUGUCUGUCAAUGACUGGCUCAACAUGACUUUCACGUUCAACACAAAUAAAUGUUCAAGUCCGUCAUAUCUUAUCACCGUAGAGAAAAAGGAGCAAGAUCGUCCGAUGAUUCUUUGUCGAAUUCAUCACAACAAAACCUCGUGCUUUACAACAGGUCAUGUAACUACGAACUCAUGUCGCUGUGUCAGUCCCUCAGGUCCUGUGGACUUCUGGGAAAAGCUGGUGAGACCUGGAGAUGUGGAGUACAAGUGGAGAUGGACUGAUGUCACUUCAGGAAAGCAUGGCGAGAAAAAGAUAAAUUAUCACAUUACAGUUGGUGACAAGCAGAAGGAUGAACAUUUACAAAUGAUGGAAUUCAUUCUCGGCGGUGUUUGUGGUCUCCUCGUUGUUGUUAUUGCUGUCAUUUUGAUUUCCGCCAGAUGUCGUAAGUCAAGUCCAUCAGCAGCCACUGAAAACAGGAAGGAACAGGACACACCGUUGGAUAGUGUACAGCUUACACGGCCGAACCCUCAAACACAAGCUCCAGUAGCAACUGGAAAUUACCGACAAGAGACCAGGUGUAACCAACCAUUCAUAGUAGAAGACGAGUAUGCCAGAGUGGUUCGCGAUCCCAGACGAAAAGCUCCUGCACCCCGGCAGGUGGAGCAGCAAGAGACGAUGGAGAUGUUCAUCAACGAUCUGUACGAUGAAAAGGCCUUGUAGGUCAAUCAGUAGCUCCUCAUGUUUCUGUUUGUACACAAUCCUCAUUUGCCAGUCAAGUUUUUAUCAUUUUUGACUAGUUAAACAAUUCUUAGCACACUCCUAUAUCAUAAAAAGGAGAAGGAAGUAUGUAGUUGGAAUAAUUACAGUGCUGAAUGGAUGCAAAGAUAAGAUCGUCUCUUUGUAAAAGAAAUGUCCAACGUCUUUACGGAGUUUAUGUUGAAACCUUGUUCCUUUCAAAUUAAGAAAAAAAUAUCCUGCACAAUGUUUUUCUGUUUCACUGUCAUUGACAUUAUAAGGAAGUGGCCUUCGUCGAUGAUCUUGGUCACUGGAUGGGCGGUGUCGUAUUUUGUGUCGGAGACCAAGAUUCAAGUUGUGAACAGUGAACAAAUAUAAAAACUGUUGGUGUCGAGAGAGAGUUCAUGCCAUUAACAGCAAAAUAUCUUGCCUUUUGCGAGAAUAACAGUUGAGCUGGUUGUGCAUUGUUAUCACAGUUGCUCAUGAAAACGAGUUUUUCAUAGUAAUUACCAAAUAAAGAUGACAGAAUUGAUGUCAAGAGGUUUCUACCCAUCUGCACGCUGGGCAUGAUGCUUUGCUUGGCUUUCUGACAGGCAUAGCUCAAAGCCUAGUUUGUAAUGACAAUAUAUUCUAAUAUUUGGUAAUGUUUAGUUGUUAUCUCAUUUUGUGACGGGAAAAGUAGCCAUGAUGUAGCUGAUUUAGAAAGUCAUUUAUGUUCAAAUAAACCCUUUCAUACGGAUC